UUAAAUAUGUGCGUGUCUAGGCUGGCUAGUUUUUAGGAAGUCUUUUAUAACUCCUAUGUUAACUCCUAUUUUUCCUUUUUUCCUCACAGAAAUACUCUCCUUGAUUCCUGCACCCCACGUUCAGAUCUUCUGCUGAGACCAACAAAACCAGAAAUGAUAAAAUUUUUUCUUAUGGUAAACAAACAAGGUCAAACAAGACUUUCUAGGUAUUAUGAGCAUGUAGAAAUUAAGAAACGGACAAUGCUGGAAGCUGAAGUAAUCAAAAACUGUCUCUCCCGUUCAAAGGAUCAGUGCUCUUUCAUUGAGUAUAAGGACUUCAAGCUGGUAUACCGACAGUAUGCAGCCCUUUUUGUAGUCGUUGGAAUCGACCACACAGAGAAUGAGAUGGCAGUAUAUGAACUAAUUCAUAAUUUUGUGGAAGUUCUGGACAAAUACUUCAGCAGAGUGAGUGAAUUAGAUGUAUCCUUUUCAACAUCAGAAAUCCAUUUGUCUAUCUGUUUCUGGGGUAUGUUCCAGUUCAUAGCACUGGCUGUCAUAGUGGCUGUCAUACAGGCAAGACAAUGCAGAGGUUUUUCAAAUUUUGCACUUACAGUAAGUGGCACCAUUUUGGCACCUUUCUGAAAGCAUGGCUGAUGUUUGUGCGGGUUUCUUGUUCAAAUCCUAACUCAUGGAGAUAAGCCUGGUACCAUUUAAAGUAAGACAGGAAGAGUUUGUUUAGAGAGAACUAGGUACUACCUAGACAUGAAAAAUAGUGUUCUGGGGGAACUUUCAGGCUUACUUAAUUAUUACUGCAAGGUUUUACUUUUUGCUUUAAGUUUACAGUAAAAUAGAUGCUGAAAUGACUGCCAUAAUAAGAACUGAAUGUUACAGGUAUGUCUUGAGCCAACUAGCAGUAGCAUCAUUGUAAGAUUAGGUUUGUGCUUUGAUCUUGCUUCAUGAAAGUGUAGGUGAGAUUUACUUUCUGUAUCUAUGGAAAAAGAGAAAGACCUGAGAGGAGGAAAUUUAGGAACCCAGGCAUUGCCACAGAUACCUUUUACCUUUACCACCCUUCUCCCUUCGCAGCUGUAUUUUCAUGUGUAUGAUUUGCAGGGUAUUAACUAAUAUAUAGAUAUAUAUAUAUUUUAAAUGAACUACAACCAAAUACAAAUCCUAAAACACAGUCCUGAACAGCUAAACACAAAUAGCAAGUAAAUAACAUACAAUACUAAAUUCAAAGAAAAUUAAACCAGGAGAAUAUAGCACAGUCUUCCAGUCCCACUGCCUGCUCACUCUACUCCAGCAAUCCUUAUGCCUCUGUUUGCUGUUGGUUAAAUGCAGAUCUGCUGGUACAAAGAGUUUCAGUUACGCACCUGAAAUACAGUUGCCACCCUGGAAUCAUGUAAAUUACACACCUGAAAUACUCUAAAGUAAUUUAGAAUUAGUACAUACAAAGAACAUAAAAAAAAUCUGUAAGUUUUUUUGUAAUUGUUUUACUCCUUUACUAAAAACAAUAUGUAAUUUCAUUUUUUGUAAAAUUUUUAAUGCUUGCUACAUGCUGGAACUGUUUCAUUUGCUGAGCUUAUAUAUGUAUGUGUGUAUAUACUGUAUGUAUGUGUAUGUAUACUGUCUCUAUUUAUUUCCUUCUUGAAAUUUACAAAAUACUGUGGUAUUAAUAUAACACUCCUAAAUUAAUUUGUAUUAGAAUAGAGCAAUAAGGAAAUUUCAGGAUGGAGGGACUGUUAAGGUCUCUGAGCAAUUAUGUAACUACAUUUUUGUAUUCAGUUACUCUAGUUAAGGAUUAGAACCAUUUGUACUUGCGUGUGAGCUUUGCUGAAUUAGAAACUAACGUGAUGACCUGUUCAGUAAUUAUACAUAAAAAAUAGUCCCCUG